GCUCGUGGGCGGGGCUGGCCGGGGCUGGGCGGGCCGUCAGCCGAGCUCGCUCCGAGGCUCGGCCCAGCGUCUCCCUGCCGAGGUCGUCUCGGGUGAGGGGGUCGCGCCGGAAGUGGCUGUGCGGCGCGCCUCAGUGUUGGUAGGAAGCUGCGGGAGUAGUUUAGUCAUUCAAGGGGGCGCGGCAGCAUUGGGUGUUCUUCCUAGCCCCCUGCCACAGCCAUGGCGAAAGGCCGUGUCGCCGAGAGGACGCAGACGGGGGCGCGGCACUCGACCCCAGUGGGGGACCGGGCAACGGGGACGCGCGGUUCCGCCACGCCAGGCAGCGGAGAGCACCUGAAGGACAAACCUUGUGCAGAAGCUGGCUCAGCAAGAGUGUCACUCCUUAUACUGGUGUCCAUUUUCUCAUGUGCAGCUUUUCUCAUGUAUUUGGUAUAUAAAAAUUUUCCUCAGCUUAGUGAAGAAGAAAGAGUGAAUAUAAAGGUCCCAAGAGAUAUGGAUGACGCCAAGGCUCUGGGAAAGGUCCUCUCCAAGUACAAGGAUACCUUUUACGUACAAGUAUUGGUCGCUUACUUUGCUACAUAUAUUUUUCUGCAAACAUUUGCUAUUCCAGGCUCCAUUUUCCUCAGCAUACUCUCGGGGUUCCUUUACCCAUUCCCACUAGCCUUAUUCCUUGUUUGCUUGUGUUCUGGACUUGGUGCCUCCUUCUGCUACAUGCUCUCCUAUUUAGUUGGAAGACCUGUUGUAUACAAAUACCUAACAGAGAAGGCAAUAAAAUGGUCGCAGCAGGUAGAGCGUCAUAGAGAACAUCUCAUUAACUACAUUAUCUUUUUGAGAAUCACACCAUUUCUGCCUAAUUGGUUUAUUAAUAUAACAUCUCCUGUGAUAAAUGUGCCAUUGAAGGUGUUUUUUAUUGGCACUUUUCUAGGUGUUGCACCUCCCUCUUUUGUAGCAAUUAAGGCAGGAACAACUCUAUAUCAGCUUACGACAGCAGGGGAAGCUGUUUCCUGGAACUCAGUAUUUAUUCUGAUGAUUUUGGCUCUUCUUUCUAUUCUGCCAGCCAUCUUCCAAAAAAAACUAAAACAGAAAUUUGAGUAAAAAUCGUGGGUUUUUGUUUACCACUACCACCACCAACGUCACUACCACCACCACCACCAUCUCAGGAAUAGCAGGUGUAUUCAUUUUAUGUUUUGAAAUCAGCUCUUCAGUAACUGAAAGAAGGGUUUGUAAAGUAAACUGUCCUACAAAGAUUGUCAGACUAUGAGAAGUGCUGUCAUCAGAUUUGUGGGUGUAACCUAAACAUCACUGUUCCAAGAGUAGCUCUGAGAUAGCAUCCAUGUGCCUUGUCUUGGGAUUCUUAUUUAAAAUGAUUCAUUGAAUUGAGUGGUUUUGUGUUUUGUUUUUUCUUUUCUUUUCUGUCUGACUAAUAACUAAAGUAGUGAACUCGGGUACAGUGGCACAUACAUGUAAUCCCAACUGCUGAGGAUUGUCGUUUGAGACCAGCUUGAGCAAUGCCACAGACCCUAUAUUAAUGUAAAAUAAGGAACAGUGAAAUAAAAAAAAGUUUAGAGCAAAAACUGAAUACUUGAUGCAAAUGGGAGGUUUUAAAUUCUUUCAGACAGCACCUUACAUAGACCAGAGAAUGUAGCAAGGAUAAGUAUUUAAGUUUAUAGAGGUUUAUCAUGAAUUAGUUUGAUAAUUUAAACUGUUUUCAUCCUUUUUACAGUAUUCCACCAUACAUAUAUAAAAUGAGACUUCUAUGCCUGUAUCAUAUUGGUGUCAAUAAUGUAUAUUCAGAUAAUGAUAUUUUGUUACAGCGUCUUUAUUAUCUCAAAAGGGUUCUGAAAGUAAGUACUCAAAACAUAGAGUUUUUAGACAUUAAUUAUUUUAUAAUGAAACAUCUGGUAGAAGCAUUAGUGUUUAAAUCUAGUUUGUUUCAAUAGCUGUAAAUUUUGCCACAUUAAUAUAUUUGCUCAUUAAAGAGUGUAUUGUGUAAUUGCUUUUCAUGCAUGAUACAUCCGUGCAAUUGCUUGUUGCCUUUCCUCUGAUGACUUCCUUUUGGGACAGCCCUUGAUUAGUACAGUUUCCCAGCUGUAGAGCUUUUAUUUUCUCACCUCAUGAAGCGAAACAAUUUCUACAUGGUGAUUAUCAUCUCUACCAUUUCUUGGGAGAGACUCCUUUUGACUUCUUUGCUUACCAGGACAGAGUGAUCUAAAGCACUCUAAGAUCCAGUUGGUGUGUUCAACGAUCACUUUAGCAGUGUGCAAACCCUUGUUUUUAUUCGUAGUCCGAUUAUCGAAGUCCGUUUCUCCUGCAUAACCUUUUUCUGUCACAGUAUUAACAUGUGGAUAUAUUACAAAUAUAAGGAAAAUAAUUGAUUGAUAGUGUAGUCUUGUGUCCUUUUGUGUGAAAUUGUUAUGUCUAGCAAAGGUCUUGCUGAGUGAUAAAGCUUUUGUUAUUUUUACUAAUGAAUUAAACACAUAGCUGUAUAGGACAAAGUUUACUAAUAUUAUUGUAUAAAUACCAUUGAAGCUAGACAUGGUAACAUGCUUACAACCCCAAGACUUAAGAAGUAGAAGUUCAGAGUUAACCUUGACUGCCUAGUUUGAGGCCAACCUGGUCUACACAUCAUUCAUAUGUGUGUGUGUCUGUGUGUGUGUGUGUGUAUUUUUAUCAGGCCUUUAAUGGGAAGACCCUGUUGCUUAUUUUGGUUUGUAUAUGGUGCAUAGUCUAUGCUGAGAAUAUUCUCUUCAUCCUCUAGCAUAUAAAUUCUUUCCCUUUGCUAUAUUUUUCCCUACAUACAACAGGAGCUGCCAUCUUAGUUGGAUAUACUUUUUUCUCCCUAGAGAGAGUAACCAUUGUUUUAACAUUUCACCCUUGACUGUCAAGAAAGAAUUUGGGAAGGCUGGUGAGGUUAGCUCAGCAGUCAAGAGCACUGACUGCUCUUCCAAAGGUCUUGAGUUCAAUUCCCAGCAGCCACAUGGUGGCUCAAACUAUCUAUAAUGGGAUCUCUUGCCCCCUUCAGGCUUGCAGGUGUAUAUGCGGACAGAGUACUCAUGCAUAAAAAAUUUAUAAAUAAGUAAAAAAAUUAAAGAAAAAUUCUUGGGAGUGGAGAGAUGGCUCGUAGGUUAUGAACACUGGUUGCUCUUCCAGAGGUCCUGAGUUCAACCAUCUUUGAGAUUUGGUGCCCUCUUCUGGCUUUCAGGCAGAACACUACAUCUUUAAGAGAUUUCCUAGUGCCGGGCAAUGGUGGCGCACGCCUUUAAUCCCAGCACUCGGGAGGCAGAGGCAGGCGGAUCUCUGUGAGUUCGAGACCAGCCUGGUAUACAAGAACUAGUUCCAGGACAGGCUCCAAAGCUACAGAGAAACCCUGUCCCCCCCCCAAAAAAAAGAGAGAGAUUUCCUAGUGAUAACCAUAAAAGAGCAUACUAUUGGAACAGAGAGACAAAUAGGCUAACUAGGCAGUCCAUAUACUUGAAACUGUUUCCUUCUUAGUUUUUGGCUCUUUAAUGGAGCUUUGUUACUUUGAGUAUUACAUAUCUAUGAUGCUUAAUAAAUGUAAACUAAAGUGUAGAUUACGCUGGAGAAACAUUGUCAUACUUUGGAUUCAUUUCAUCAGAGUACAUAUAUGUAUAUAAUAUAUGUAUAUAUAUAUAUUUUUAACAAAUAACAUUUUUUGAUUAAAAGAAUUUUGAUUUUUGUUUGUUUUUCAAAA